UGCUGAAAAUUAUAUCUCGUGGUGUGGUGAAAAGCAUAAUUGGAUAACGUUUCGUGUACCGCUAUCAAAAUGGACGAACUCAUCCAUCAUUGUCUGCGAGAGGUAUCUUUCGAUGGCGAUCUAGGCUGUGAUGUCUCUCGACUACGAGAUUUCGUCAUCGGGUUUUAUAGCACGGAUACCUCUCAUCCACAAGUCAUCGAUGAUGCAUUUUGUGCGUUCAUUUGGUCAGUUAUAGUGCGACAACCUACAGUCCGGAUAGGCACCAUACUACCUGGUGUAUCGGAAGUGUACGUGGCCCCGCAGAUAAGUGCGAAGCGGAAAGCCCUGGCCAAAGGAGAAGAGCAUGUCGAAGAAGCGCCUCCGUCACUUGAUUUAAUCCCAGACGCCAAUUUCAGGUCCUUGGAGGAUUUAAAAGUACGGUAUGGAGAUACCCUGAGAGUUGCUGUAGACCCUCAAACAUCAUUCGCCGCCAUAACUGGAUCUCAUAUCCGACCACCAAAACUCAGCCCAAUGGUCUAUACUGCACUGCAGUUUAUCACUCGUGGACGGGAAAAUGGUAUUAGUGUUGUUGAUCUGGGCAAAAAGACCAAAUACGAUCAGAAGACAUGCUUCUAUCUUAUCAAGCAGCUUGUCGAGCUUGGUCUAGUCAAAAAAGCGCGGCGUGGGGGUGUUGGCACGAACUUUUGCGUCCACAAAUAUUUUAUUGAACGUAGUGUACUGUGGCAACAGAUCCACGAUGAGGAAGCUGAGGGGGAACAGCCAGUUGUCGAAGGGGGAGAGAUUUUCCAGAGUGGUUCGGAUGCUCCAAUUCUUGAGAAGGGUGUUUCGUCAAGCAUGCAUUUCGAUCCAAUAGAUGAACGGCACUUGUCCAGUCUUGCGCUUGUUCGUAACCGCAUUGUGAAGCUUUUGAAGGCUUCAAAAAACUAUAUUCACGCUUCUAACAAUCUUCUUUUGACUAUUGGCUUCGCUAAUCCUACCAAGACAGACCGUCGAUUCUUCCAAACACGACUUCGGGAACUUGUACAGCAAGGCGUAAUCGAAAGGGUUCUUGUUCCUAGCACCAGCAAGAGGGAUCGUAAUGUCAAAUGUAUACGCUUAGUUACCCCAGAUAGAGACCAAAUAAUGGACGAUAGUCUGGUUAUUCAAUCACAGGACGACGACGACGAGAAAGAUAUCAUGAUCAACGACGUUUUCACUGACCACACAGAGGUCAAGGCAAAUCGCACUAUACACAGGCAAAUAGCCGACCUUCUUGAAGAUGCCGGACCCCGAGGCCUGACUUUGAAUGAGAUGUCCAUUAGCUUAGGCCAUUUCGACAAGCGCACGAUUGAACUCCUUCUCACUCGCGCAGAGAGAGAUCAGCCUCCACCCCACCUUUCCGAUUUAGGCACGGCAGGGUUCAUGGAAACCCAUGGUCGCGAACGACGGCACAGAUACUACACUGUAGCUGCAUACAAAACGCUUACUAUAACCGAAAAUUUCGACGGCGCGAGCUCUACUUACGCAAGUGUAGAUUUUUUACGUGCAGGCGACUUCGCUUCCACAGAUAUAAACCUAUUUUAUGACAACGAAGUUUCGUUGCGGAGUUAUCAAGACUUCUACAAGGAUCAAGACAAAUCCAAAGAAGAAGGAAAAUCGUCAUCUCAGACUAAAAAGCGCAAGAUGCAUGAUGACGAUCCAGAAGGUGCAGACGAACCCAUUCCAAAGGCCAAGAGAGGGCGCCCACGCAAGAAACCCCGGAUGGAUAGUAUGACUGGUGAAGUGGCGGCACAGGAUGGCGCGGCCGGUGGUGCAGUUACACAAACAUCGACACCCGCCGUCCCACAAAAGCGAGGCAGGCCAAAAAAGCUCCCAGCCGAAGCCUCUCAAGAACCAACGCCUAAGAAACGUGGUCGUCCGCCUAAGAAGAAACCAAAAGUCACUGAUGGCCCUGUUCCUAUAGAAAUUGAGAUUGGCGGUACUGUGAACCAGGAGACGUCGGACCUUCUAGUUAGUAGGCCACUGACAGAACCUUCUUCACAUGGUGCAAUCAUAUCGAUUGAGGAAGGUGAUGGUUCAAUGUCUGUUGCACAGGUACCAGAAGGUGUCCUCGGAGAGAGCGAAGAAAACGCAGAAGCUCAAACUUUGGGGGUAAACGCUUAUGAUGAUGCCAUUCUGUCCCCACAGAAGGAAUCCAGCAUGGCGCCAUCACGUUCUGUCGCUAUAGGAGACCUGCCUAAGGAUGUAUCCCAAGGAGGAGGAGAAGACAUAUCCACAUUUCAAGUUGUCUCAUUUGUGUCUCCUCCGCACUCUUUGUCCAAAAAUACGUUAGAUUCGAAUCGGACAGUCGAUCAACAGGCAGAAGCACAUCAAACCGAGCCUGGCCCAGGCUCUCUCUGUGUGGAAACAGCUCAAAAUAUUGAAGCGAACGUGAGUACAAUUCUGUGUGGAAACCAAAACGACAAAGCGACUCGUGCCAAGCUUAAUGUAUCCCAUCUUCGCCGCGAAAAUGAACUUCUUCGCGUUAUACAUAACCUCGGGGGGAUCGCCAAUCUGCACACAAAAGAGUUCUUUGAGGCUCAUAUGGCUCUCAUCGAGGCCAUGUGCCAGGCUGCUGAACCGACUAGUGCUCCAGUGGGCACCAGAUUGGACAAGCGUACCGCUGAAAUGGCAUUGAGUAACUUGGAAAGCCGUGGACGUGUCAAGCUUCUCAAGACAUUUAUCAUCACUCAAAGCGGCGUUAAUCGACCAGCCUGUUUGGUUUAUCUUCCGGACACCCCACAAGGCAAUAUAUCUGAGUUCCUACAUACUCUCAGUCGCAGUGCUCCAGUUGUUCAUCUACCAGUAGCAAAGAAGAUCGAAGAGCCCAUAGACUAUGGUUCCAGUCGUUCCUCGACGCAGCGAUCCGCAUUGCCCUUGCAGCUUUUGCAGAUGGAAGAGCCCACAGAAGGCGGUAAGGAGCGUUGGAGCAUGAACGUCACGAGGGCUGAACAGCUCUUUUCAUAUGAUGAUGAUACUAUCCGAGAUGUCCUUCUUACUGAAAGAACGACGCUAGCCCAGCUAUACGGCUUUAUAGUUGGAAAAGCUAUGAGGGUUCGAGAGCUACAUCUCCUUACCCUCACACUUUUCGAUAGUGUUGUUCAGUCUCCACAACUGAUAUCUCGCGAACAUCGAAUCCUGCAUUUGUCGCACUACUGUCAAGAUCUCUCUGUCUCCGUUUACUGCUCUCUUGUCUCAGUACUUGAUCAUGAUGUGGAACUCAAGCAAUUAUUGGAGUCAGACGCUGGCCGUCACACACUUGUAAAGGACUUGCCCAGUCAUCUCCAUACCUCGCUACAGGUUGGGCGUUCCAGAUCACGGUCCCGCAUUCUAGAUCUUUUGGAUAUCCUGAGCUCUUUAGGUCUGGCAACUCCCUUGCAAGCUUCGGAAACAAAUCAUCCUCAGUUUACGUGUGGACCAAAAGGCGACCAUCCUACUGCAUUUGAUAUUGCAUCUAGCGAAGAAUGGAAUAUCAGUUCUUCAAUGUCGGCGCCAGUGUAUUGGAAGUUUAAUACGUCAGCACCUAUCCACCUUUGGGCCUUAUCUGAAACAUUCCCUCCGUUCUGGAAGGCGGUCUCUACAGUUUCCCAAAUGGAUGGUGUUGCUUACUGGCAAGAACUUUACGAUGUUUGCAUGAAUCGCGAACAUGCACAAGCCAUAGUCUGCCCUACGUCAGGUCACACAGGCCCCAUGAAUGCGAAUGCGAGCUUAUCAAGGUCCUUGCGUCGGCACGUCUCUUGGAAUUCUAAUUAUGUCCUCACCUGGCAUCAAAAGCAAUAUAUUACGACAUUUAUGGACAAGACUACAGGCCAAACAGUUACUGAUGAGGCCAGCGGAGGAUCUCAGCUACAACAUAUAUGUCGCGUUAUCAGUGCACCUUGUCAUGCAGUUCAAGACUAUAUUUCUAAAACUCGAGACAAAGAAGCCCACGAACUUGAGAGAAUCAAACGUAAAUCGAAGCGCCAACUUGCGGAAGAACAUGCCAAACAAAAUAUAGAGGCUAAAGCUUUGCUGCAGAAAAAGGCUGAGGAGGCAAAAUUGCAGCGGGAGCGUGACUGGGAAACAUUAAUACAAAGACUACAUCCCGAACCUCUCAAGGGUUCUAUAGGUAUACGUAUGCGUCGUCUUCGUGCUCAGUUUUUACAGUGCGGAACAACAGACCUGCAAAAGUGGGAGGCGGAAGUUGAGGCAGCGCUGAAAGAAGCCAAGAUAGUGUCAAGAAAAGUUCUAACGCUACCAAUGCAAACAUCUAGGCUCAUCCGUCCUCAGGACAUUCUUCCGCCUCCACUGGUGUCGAAUCCACCUGAAAAAUCAAUUGAGUUUUUGAUUUCUCAACAAGGUCCACCGCUUUCGAGUAUCAAGAAACGCAAAGGAAAAAUAAAAGCACACAAUAAUAUGCAGCAUGGAGAUACGGAAGAUAAGACGGUUCAAAGACGUCACAGAUUCAUCUGGAACCGAGAUUACGAUGAACUCGCUCGUGAUGCAUCUGCAGUCAUAAAAGCGCGCUGUCGAAAUGGCAUCAGGCUGGAUUGGGCUGCUCUCGAGCAGGUUUUUCCUGCGGUUCCUCGAAACUCCGUUCGACAAAGACUUGUACAUAUGAGGGAAAAUGCAGGAGAUGAUGCAUACCUAAAGCGCCUUGAAGACAAAUGGAACGAGCUUUGGUUACAGCAUAGAGGGACAAGCUUGUUACCCGAUGAAGAUCCGCGAAGUCCUUCUAAUUUUGACAUCAUUAAACACAUCGAAUUUCUACGGAAGCAUGUAGACAAGAACGCUCUGAGAGUCGGUUUUGUGCAACAGGAGACAAACCAGGUACUCCCUGCAUCUGUUAACCUGCUUAUAAGAGACCAUGAAGUUAUCGAGAACGCUCCAUUUAAUCCUUCAUGGGAAUUCUUGUGGAACGUCAAUGUCGAGGAGGGCCGCGAAAAGUAUUUUCUACGUCAAGCAUUUACAAUGCUUCCUGACGAGUCACCUUAUAUCGUGAAUCCUGGAGACGACUCGGUCCAGGUUGCAGAAGCAGCGCUCAAGAUGGUAUUUGGAACCUCCACCGAGAGCUAUGACAUAGAUGCGGGCGCUCGACUUUUGCACAACGCGGGCGAUCAAGCUGUGUCUCUAGCAAUUCCAAAUCUUCUUGGCCGAGGGGUGUUAUCAAAGACCGUACGAGACAUCAAUAAGCCAAAACCAGGAAGGACAUUAAAAAUAUCAGAUAUAAAUCAAAACGCUAUUGGAGGGCCUAUAACACGAGACAUAUUUCAUGAUGCAUCCUCCUUGGAAGAGGUCUUGGCUACUCGGCUGGAAGAGUGGGAUGAAUGGCCACUUCUUGCUGCCGACGGUGACAUUGCAUCUUUAGUACAGCUCACUUCAGAAGAUAAGGUUGAGUUUAAAAUGGAUUUGAAGCAGGCUCGGGCUGCUCGCCUAAGACUGGAAUGGAAUAGCAAGAAAGCCGAUGAUGACGACGUGGAGACUGGGAUAUAUAUCCACUUCCACCCUCAAAGCACUGAUGAUCCUCUCUCCAGCGUAACAUCUUCUCCUGAUAUACUGCACAUCGACCUUGAAGGUGAUCUGGACGGUGAACACGGGGGGUCUCACCACGGAGAAUCUUACCAAGGACUUGUUGCGGUUUGUAAGAGAAAGACAUCUCAAGGCUUCGUAGAUUGUGCAGCUUGUCUUGAGGAUAGUCUUGCCGUGACAUUAUCUCGAUUUGACGCGGACGACGUUCAUAUAAUACGACGUACUCGGGGCGUGGUGCUUGAUGCUGGAGCACAAGGAGUAACCAGAGAUCAACUCCAGUCCGAGCUGGAUGCACCGAGUGAUCUAGUCACAGCACAUAUUGAUUACUUGACAAAUGCUUCGCCUCCACUCAUAUUUUGGACCGGAUAUUCGCGUCCGGUUCUUUCGGCGAGUGAAUUUGUGGGGUCUUGGGCAGUCGUCACAUCCGAUGAUCCGAGAACAUUGGUACUCCCUCGCCGUUGGCUGGACGUCCAUGGGCAUCAAAAUGGCGAUGAUUGGAAAGCAGCUCUCCGAGCGGUGAUAGGUAUCAUUGUUUUCCGACCCGGUAUUUCUCAGACUGAUCUCCGUUGGCGACUACGAGCAGUUUACGAUAGGCAAGAGGUCCUUGAAGUACUUUACCAUCUAAUGCGGGAUGGUGCUAUUGAGCGGCGCAGUGAUCCAAACUUGCAACCAUCGAAACACUCGUAUAGAUCCGAUGAGCUUGUUGCUCUUGAUGAUGGCGAGGAGCAGCACGUGUUUUGGUUUGUCUGUAAGAACAGACAUUGGUAUCAAUCUUUGUAGCACUUAUAUUACUGGCCCUAGCCUGCACACUUUAUAACUGUAAUACGAAUACUUUUUUUACUUUAUUAUUAUGAGUACUCUGACGAAGGUACACCACGGCCCUUUUCACCUUUUCAAUGUAAUUCAUG